AUGGAGGCUCGUGAUCUCUCAGCCAUGGUGGAGGUACUUCAUCCUCUCAGCCAUGGUGUGGGGGUGCCUGUAACCUCUGGUGACCUCUCGGCCAUGGUGGAGGUAACUGGUGGCCUCUCAGCCAUGUUGCCGGCACAUCACUCGCCUAACUCGGUCACUCGCUCUAACUCGGUCACUCGCCUAAUCCCGGUCACUCGCUCUAAUCCUCGGUCACUGCCUAAUCCUCAGUCACUUCGCUCUAAUCCUCGGUCACUCUCGUCUAAUCCUCAGUCACUCUCGCCUAAUCCUCGGUCAUCUCGCUCUAAUCCUCGUACAACACACCAGACACCAGAGACCCCAGGUGACCCCCAGAUACCCCCAGAUGACCCUCUAGCCUCCUACUUCCUGCCCUCAACUUCCUGCCUCCUACUUCCUGCCUUCAACUUCCUGCCUCCUACUUCCUGCCUCCUCCUACUUCCCACCUCCUACUUCCUGCCUCCUACUUCCCACCUCCUACUUCCUGCCUCCUACUUCCCACCUCCUACUUCCUGCCUCCAACUUCCUGCCUCCUUCAACUUCCUGCCUUCAACUUCCUGCCUCCUACUUCCCACCUCCUACUUCCCACCUCCUACUUCCUGCCUCCUGCUUCCUGCCUUCAACUUCCUGCCUCCUACUUCCUGCCUUCUAACUUCCUGCCUUCAACUUCCUGCCUUCAACUUCCUGCCUCCUCACUUCCCGCCUCCUACUUCCUCCACCUCCUAUUUCCCACCUCCUACUUCCUGCCUCCCCUACUUUCCACCUCCUACUUCCUGCCUCCUACUUCCCACCUCCUCCUACUUCCUGCCUCCAACUUCCUGCCUUCAACUUCCUGCCUUCAACUUCCUGCCUCCUACUCCCACCUCCUACUCCCUCCCACCUCCACUUCCUGCCUCCUACUUCCUGCCUUCAACUUCCUGCCUCCUACUUCCUGCCUUCAACUUCCUGCCUUCAACUUCCUGCCUCAACUCCGCCUCCUACUUCCCGCCUCCUACUUCCUACCUCCUACUUCCCACCUCCUACUCCUGCCUCCAACUUCCUGCCCUUCAACUUCCUGCCUUCAACUUCCUGCCUCCUACUUCCUGCCUUCAACUUCCGCCUCCUACUCCUGCCUCCUACUUCCUACCUCCUACUUCCCACCUCCUACUUCCUGCCUCCUACUCCCACCUCCUACUUCCUGCCUCCUACUUCCCACCUCCUACUUCCUGCCUCCAACUUCCUGCCUUCAACUUCCUGCCUUCAACUUCCCUGCCUCCUACUUCCCACCUCCUACUCCCACCUCCUACUUCCUGCCUCCUACUUCCUGCCUUCAACUUCCUGCCUCCUACUUCCUGCCUUCAACUUCCUGCCUUCAACUUCCUGCCUUCAACUUCCUGCCUCCUACUUCCUGCCUCCUACUUCCUACCUCCUACUUCCCACCUCCUACUUCCUGCCUCCAACUUCCUGCCUCCAACUUCCUGCCUUCAACUUCCUGCCUCCUACUUCCCACCCUCCUACUUCCUGCCUCCUACUUCCACCUCCUACCCUGCCUCCAACUUCCUGCCUCUCAACUUCCUGCCUUCAACUUCCUGCCUCCUACUUCCCACCUCCUACUUCCCACCUCCUACUUCCUGCCUCCUACUUCCCACCUCCUACUUCCCACCUCCCACUCUGCCUCCCACUUCCCACCUCCUACUUCCUGUCCCGGGUCCCUGUGAGAGCUACCAGGUCCCGGGUCCCUGUGAGAGCUACCAGGUCCCGGGUCCCUGUGAGAGCUACCAGGUCCCGGGUCCCUGUGAGAGCUACCAGGUCCCGGUUCCCUGUGAGAGCUACCAGGUUCCGGGUCCCUGUGAGAGCUACCAGGUCCCGGGUCUCUGUGAGAGCUAG